AUGGUAAGGUUAAAUUCGGAUAUUGUACUAGCGCUCACAAAUACCAUGUUGGAAUUCCCGCAAGAGCUAUCGCUGUCAAAUCCACAUGUUAACGAGGUUCUUUCGAUUUUUUGUAAUGCUGUAAUAACCGCGUUCGAUUUUCAUGCGCCGAUGCGAACUGUGAAAGUUAUACAUCAGCAUGUCCCAUGGCUAAAUGAAAAUAUAAAGUCCGAAAUCAAAGAACGGGAUAAACUCUAUCGUCAGGCCAGACGUACCGGCAGUGACAGAAUCAUGGCCGAAUAUAAGAUGCAAAGAGCGACCAUUAAGAAUUUGAUGCGACAUACCAAGGAACAAUUCCUGUCGAGUUCCAUUUCAAAACUGCGUGACCCGGCAGCAAUUUGGUCUUUUCUGCGGAGAAUGAGACUCCUAGAAUCAAGAUCGACAUCUUCUUUACAACAUUUUUCCGCCUCAGAACUCAAUGCUCAUUACACCACGAUCACAACAGUCCAUCCGCCCUGCUCGAUACAGACCUUCAAUAGCAUCCUGUCAUACCAUUCACCAACUCACACUUCGACUUUUAGCUUCUCAACUCUUUCGAUCACACAGGUUACCAAUGCUCUACUAACAGUAAUACCUAAAUCUAAGGGCCGUAGCCCUGAUGGCCUUCAACUUGCUCACAUAAAGGAUACUGUUACGUCAAUAGCACCGUACCUAACAUAUAUAUACAACCUUUCCCUUUCUACGGGAGAAUACCCGGCGGAAUGGAAAUGCUGCUCGAUCAUUCCACUUAAUAAAUCAUCCAUCCCUGCAACACCUGCAGAAACGCGUCCAGUAGCUAACCUACCACAUCUCGCGAAAUCAUUAGAUUCCAUAAUCGCACAACAAAUUUCGACGUACUUGGAGAACAAUAACCUCAUAAACAAAUUCCAAUCUGGGUUUCGACGGCAUUUCAGUACGCAAACUGCGCUUUUAAAUGUCCUCGACGAUGCACGCGAAGCGAUCGAACGCCAAUGUGUGACCAUUUUGGUAUUAUUCGAUUUUAGUAAGGCAUUCGACACGCUAGAUCAUUCGCUGCUUUUACUUGCACUCAGGGAGUAUGGUUUUAACGACGAGACUAUGCUAUGGUUCCACUCCUACCUGACCGGACGAUCACAAACAAUUGUAGAUAACGAAGGAAAACCAUCACCAACACUACCAUCUACCCCAGGAGUACCUCAGGGGUCGAGUUUGGGACCAGUACUUUUCUCCAUGUUCAUUAACUCAUUGUUUAACCGACUGACCUACUGCCGAAAUACAUGUGCCAUCUUUGCCGAUGACACGCAGUUUUACCUGUCUACGCCCUUAUAUCGCAUCGAACAAACUGUGGCGGAACUAAAUUGCGAGAUCCAAACGUUAGUCGAAUGGGCCAGUGAGUUCAAACUUACACUGAAUGCUAAUAAGACCAAAGCCAUCAUUAUAGGAUCUACGCAACAGCUACUUAACCUAUCCAAAAUUAACAUACCAUUAAUAACAGUUGAUGGAGUUACGAUACCGUACUCCGAUACGGUUAAGAAUCUUGGAGUUCACAUAACAGCCGAUCUGACAAGGAAUCGCCAUAUAUCACAAAUAUCGUCCAAUGUAUAUCAUGCUCUCUAUCGUCUGAAAUUUCGCGGAUCCACCCUGCCAACAACAGUUAAACUACAUCUAGUCAAUGCUCUCGUCACACCACAUUUUGAUUAUGCCUGUUUAACCUUCAAUGACGUUACUGACCAUCUCAAUACUAAACUGCAAAGAUUACAAAAUGUGGCUCUCAGAUAUGUCUAUAACCUGCGUCGCGAUUCACAAUUGGCAUAUUUUAGACAACAAGCUAAUUGGUUGACAAUCCGAGCCCGGCGACAGUAUUUUCUAGGAUGCACAGUCUACUCUAUACUGAGUACUUAUCGUCCUCAAUACCUUUAUCGUCGAUUUACCACCUGUAAUCCUGAUAUUAGAAGAUCAGUUCGCCAUCACGAAACCUUCGACUUCCCGUUUUGCCGCACUAACUAUUACAAAAACUCUUUUUGGAUCACCGGUAUGAAAAAUUGGAAUUCUAUUCCUCAAAACAUUACAAAUACCGCAACACUACAAUCUUUCAAAAAUGCAUAUUAUAAGUACCUAAUUGCUGCCGAACGUUCUACUUAA